UAUAUUUUAAAUAAAAAUCAAUGGACUCAGAAAUCAAUGUCAAACAACUAUCUUUAGUAGAGGCGAAACUUCAUGGCUCAAGACUGUCACCGGUGACCACCACCAGUACUAGUAGUCCGGCCGAUGACGACAUCAUAUACGAUGUGUGCGCUUAUGUUAUUCACUGUCCAAAACACCAGAAGAUAGCGGUGGCCGAAGAAUCUCAAACCCAAUAUGUUUGGCUGCCGUUUGUUUGUCUGCCUUCUGGCCGAGUCUGGAACGACAGCGCCCGCGACGGUGUCAUCAGUGUACUGGCCAACUAUGAUAACAAUUUGUACAAUGAUUUGCAAAACAAACCGGUGAUUGAUCGGAGCUGUUGUGUCCAAAUGUUUCGGCUACAGCUGCCUCAGACACAAAGUUUUCAAACACGACUAAUCUAUUACAUCAAAUUGUCAGCCAAUGCUGACCAAUACUACAAGUGCUGUACAAAUAAUGGUAACCGAAUUCGAUGGCUAACAGUGGCCGAGGCCAGCGACAAAAAGCUGCCAAAUCUGUGGGGGCCAGAGGUGUGGCAAUUUGUUGACACUGUUGUCGUCAAAGCUUUGACUGAUUUACAGAUCGUUGAGCACAGUCUGGACGCCGCCUUUGCUUAUGUACCGAGAGAUCCGCCGCGAAAUCAUGAGGAAGAUAUGCUUAAGUCAACCAACUAUUCAGAGAAAGACGUCGAACGGCUUUUCUCUGACUAUAUGGAGCACUGCUUUCCAUCUUUUUAUAUGACUAUCGUUUCAUUCAAAGACUAUAUGUGUAAAUACGGUUUUGAACGACAAGACAAACGUUUGGACCUAUUGUUUCGGGCAUUUAAUUAUCAUCGAAACGAUUAUCUCACGUUUCACGAGUUUUUGUUGGGUUUAACAUCAAUGGAUCCGAUGGCCAAAAAUGGUCAGACUCGGAUCAAAUUCAUUUUUACUUACUAUGAUUYAGAUGGCGACGGAUAUCUAAGUAGGGAUGAGUUCCAGGCAAUGGUCGCUGAUAUUUAUCCAAAAGAGAGUGCCGCGACUAUCGACACAAAAGUCUCAGAAAGUAUGACAACAAUUGGCCAGAAAAUUAAAGGUAUCUAUUUUGAUGACUUUUACCGAGCGGUUGGCGCCCACAUGUUUCGCGGAACUCAUGCUCUGUGUCGAUCUAAUCGGCCUAUUGUUCAGCAAAUAUCUCGAUCAAUGGUCUCGCGAACACUUAGCCGACAGUCAGUUAAGAUGAGUUUGGCGUCAAUGCUUCGGCACUGCAAAUACAAAGGUGUUUGUCUGUCGUGUCGCGAAAAAACCUACGAAUAUGCCAUACAUAUAGUACUGUUGAAUAAAGACGGUCAGUGUAUUGGUGCCCAAAAAUUACCUGAAGUUGAUUCAGUUUUGACCAACAAUUUUGAUGAGACAAUGACAAAAUCUGAUGACAAAAAUAUGUUAAAAAAGUCAAACAAAGUCAAUGGCCAGUCGUCGUCGUCGGAGAAACAAUUACCACGAAUUCCGAGCAAUUCCUGUAUAAUAGGUCUAACGAGUGACAAAUUUUCCAUUGAUUACGUCUGGAAUCCUCAAUCKGUGGCCAACUAUUUCAUACAACAGAUACACGUGUUUAAUGGCAUGAAAGGUACGCACAAAGAUGGCAAAGGAUUACUUUAUGACCCGAAAGAAAGAAAACAAUUUAUCAAAUUAUUGGAAAAGUUGUGCUCUCAGGUCGAGAAAAUAGUGGCCAAUGAGGACAGGUGUGUGCAAACCAAUUCGCCGGCGUUUAUCAUUGGCGACAUUCACGGCAAUCUCGAAGAUCUGUUGACAAUGGAAAAGGUUUUGUGGAAAAAUUUGCCUCUAAUUACAGCCAAUUAUAUAUUUCUCGGUGAUUAUGUCGACAGAGGACAGUGGGGCGUCGAGUGCGCCAUUUAUAUCAUGUGUAUGAAACUGUUGGCCCCCAAUAAAGUGGUUAUGUUGCGCGGUAACCAUGAGAUACGCCGUAUUCAGAAAAACUAUACCUACUAUAAGGAGUGUCUCAACAAAUACGGCGAUAAGUUGGGCCUCAAAGUGUUUGAGAUGACAAACAGGGUUUUCGAUAGAUUGCCMUUUUGUGCCGUAGUAGACGAUGCCAUAUAUUGCGCUCACGGAGGCAUACCGUACGACACACAACGCAUUGACGACAUCAACAAACAGCCUAAAGAAUUGCCAGAUCCGGACAAUGAGUCGUCGAUAUGCUGGCAAGUGAUGUGGUCAGACCCGUGCUCGCACCAGAUGUACACCGAAACGGCCGAUCUGUUGGACAUUAAGCCGGAGAAGGCCAAAGGUUUUCUGCCAAACGUCAAACGUAGUACUGGUUAUCUGUUUGCCGAAGAAGCUAUCAAUCAGUUUCUCCAGAAAAACGGUUUAACACAUGUAGUCCGGGCUCACGAAGUGCCAGAAAAAGGUUUUACAUUUCAUUUUGGCAACAAAUGUACGACAAUUUUCUCGAGUUCACACUAUUGCGGUACCGAUAACGAGGCCGCUGUCGUCCAUUUAACCGAUGAAAAGCUCCGUAUUGUACGUCUGGAUACMGUCAACAACGCGCCGGCCUGUGGUGAUGAUGACGACUGAUUGACUAAUUGAGUGAUUGAUAGACGACGACAACGACAGCCAACUCCCAAUUGAAACUAAUUUUCAAUAAUGUUAUUUCAUUUUUAA